AUGGAAUUCAAAUUUAAAGUCCUAUGUGGAUCACCGGAAGGGACUAUUGUGGAGAAGGUGACUACUCGACGACUUGGCGACAAUGAUGUCUUUAUCGAGACCACACAUUCCGGCCUAUGCGGAACAGACGAACACUUCCUCCAUCGCGACCAAGCUCUUGGCCAUGAGGGAGUAGGUGUGGUAAAGCACAUCGGUUCCAGCGUAACAAGUGUAAAGGUCGGUGACCGGGUUGGAUUCGGCUUUAUCCGACGUGUGUGUGGAAGAUGUGACAACUGUCUUAGUGAUGCCGAUGCCGUCUAUCCCAUUCCGGAUGGAUACGAUUCGGCUUAUGCAGCACCACUUCUAUGUGCUGGUGCUUCGGUCUGGGCUUGCUUGACUAACAAUGGAAUCCGCCCGUCCGAUCGUGUUGGUGUCGUGGGAAUAGGUGGUCUUGGCCAUCUCGCGAUCAAGCUUGCUGCGGCACUUGGAUACAAUGUGGUGGCAUUUUCAGGCUCAGAAAGGAAACGUGAAGAAGCGCUAGAAUUUGGAGCAUCAGAAUUCUAUCCCUUUCCCAGUAUCCAGGGGGGUGUCCGUAUAAAACCCAUCAAACAUCUUCUGCUGUGGGGGAGCUCCAAUGUUGAUUAUGCCUCUCUACUUGAUUUGGUUGAUACAAAUGGUGUGAUCUAUCAUAUUUCUGUGACCCUGGAACCUACUCCUAUCCCUCUAGUUCCCUUCGGUCAGAAGGGGAUACGGAUUCAGGGAUGUUUCAUCACUUCGCGGCGCAAUCUGCAAGAGUUAUUGGAGUUUGCUGCGCGACAUGAUAUCAAACCGACUAUCAUGAAUUUCCCUCUUACCAAAGAUGGCCUUGAAGAGGCAUUUGAGAAAUUGAGAGCGGGUGGUAUCCGAUACAGGGCAGUCUUGGAGCACCAGGCAUUAUAG